GGGAGCGGAGCGUGCCGCGCAGAAGCAGAUCAUAGGAAUCUGGCACUUGGUGAACCCAUGUGAGGCUUGCUGCUGGAGGAGUUGACAAUUUGAUCUCAAGCGUACUAUUGGCAUUCAAAAUAUUUCAAGAAAAAAUCUAGCUAGUUAGAUUGAUGCCUGCGAUAUGACGACAGUGAUAGUUGGAGGCGGCAUCGUUGGCGUGACUGCCGCCUUGUACCUGUUGAAGAAGGGUGCGAAGGUGAUUUUGGUGGAGAAAUGCGGGGUUGCGUGUCAUUCCUCUGGCAAGGCCGGUGGGUUUUUGACGGACGGCGAUUCGGGGUGGCACAGUGGCUCCAUCGGUCGCCUGGCAAAACGGUCUUUCGCGCUGCAUGAGGAACUGGCCAAAGAGCUGGGGGCAGAGAAGAUCGGUUUCCGCCGGGUGAAGUGUCUUGGACUGGGGUCGGCUGAAAAACCACCUGGAGAGGCUGGGAUUCCACAACCUGCGUGGUUGGCGAAGGAGUAUCAGAGAGAUAUGGGGAAUGAGAGUGGCUUGGCACAGGUCACGCCCUACAAAUUGAUGGAGGCUCUGCAGGAAGCCAUUACCAAGCAGGGCUGUGAGAUCGUCAUCGCCAAAGCUGUGGGGGUUGAAGUGGAUGGAGACACGGUGAAGUCGGUGAAGCUUCAGAUGCCUGGAAAAACUACCUCCAUCUCCUGCUCUGCGGUGAUCCUCGGGAUGGGUGUUUGGGCCCGCGAGGCUGCCGCGUGGUUUCCCGAGAGCACCCUGCCACAGAGCACGGUGGGCAGCCGCUACACCAGCGUCAUUUGGGACGACAGCGACGUAGGUCGAGAUGCCACCAUGGUCUUCACCAUGGGGGAUGAACAUACUGAAAUCUACCCCCGUAGCAAUGAGUGCUAUGCCAAUGGCUGUCCGAGCCAGCCUGAGUUGCCAGAUGAUCCACUGGAGAUCCAACCCCCAGCGGAGGAAAUCGAGAAGGUGAAGGUGGAGAGCAUUGCAGCAGUUCCCAGACUCAAAGAUGCCACAGUCAUUCGAAGCACUGCAUGUUUUCUUGCUGGCUCCGAUGACAAUCGGCCCGUGGUGGGACGUGUGCCCAAGACUUCCAAUGCCAUCAUUGCAUGUGGAGGUGGUUGCUGGGGCAUUCUGAACGGGCCAGCCAUGGGCGAAGCAGCAGCCGCUUUGGCGCUUGGAGAGGAGCCUCCCAUCGACAUGGGUGCCUUUGAUCCCAUGCGCUUCGACAGUUCCUAUGUCCCAACGGUGGCCAAGGACCUUCCGCCAAAGUUGAUGGCCUUGGUGGCGCAAAACCCGGAUCUGGCGGAAGCCUUGCGGCAGGAUCCUGAACGCAUAAUGAAUAUAUUGGCCAUGAUGCAAGACUGAUGACCAGCAAUACCCUGGAUCCCUUUGUUUCGGAGCUCUGGGUGAUUGAUUCUGAAUUGAUUGAAUUGUUUCCUUGCAACAUCAUCUCGAAUUUAGAUAUGUCUCACAAGAGCUUAAGGAUCAUUUAAUGGCCAUUUGAAUCCAUUGGAAAGCCAACCUCGCAAUUUUAAAGUCGGCCGUGGCAUCCUGUGUGGGUGUGGUGGCCCGCAGGAAGAGUACGCUGACAUUGAGAAAA